AAGUUUCUGACAGCUGACAGUUUUGGCCGUUAGAUUGUUUUGAGCAUUCACGUUUUGUGAUUUAGGUACUUGGAUUUAUAGCUUUUUCGUGGUUAAUUUAUUUCUCAAAGUAGCGGCAUGGUUUAUUGAUAGAUUACAUUACAAAGUAAAACCAAAUCGGUGAAAUGGGAAGCAAUUCAAGUAAAAUCAACACGGCCGCCGGACCUGUUCAAGUACAAAAAAAUGAUAGUGACCUGGAUGCUAACUCUGAUCCUAGAUCUCCUACUCCUGAAAUUAUUCGGACUCCUUUGCAAGGCAAACCAGGAGCCAAACAUAAUAUAACUAAGAAUGUUGACUUACGGAAGACCUUUGAGAAUACAAAUGGAGAAGAAAAAUUAAUACACAACAAUCCAAUUCUCUCUGCAGUCAUAAAAAAUCACUUGCAAUCAUAUGAUCCACGGUCACCAACACAAGAUUUUGAGAGGACACCAAUAGUAAUUUCCACUAAGGUAGAUGAAAUAACAGAAGAGCGGCUUCCCAAUGAAGUUAAUUAUGGCAGUCCCAGUCUAAGACAAGAUGAGGAUGAAGAUGAAAAUGGUAUUGAGGCAACAAAGAGUGCAGAUUUGGUAGUUCCUAAAAAUUUAUAUGAUAGAUUGUUUGAUAUGACUCUUGAUGAUACAUUCAAAGAAACCGAAGAACCAUUAGGGUCAUCAACUGCUUCUAAUGAAGCCAUAGAAGUAGAUAUUUCAAACGGACAAAGUAUAAUGAAAGAGCAAAGAAAACCACAAUUGUUAGAGACUAAUUUUGAUUAUAUUGACAAUGAAUAUGAAAAUUUUGAAGAUAGUGAAGAACAUAUUCCAAGUAAUUACCAUGACAGUAAGGAAGAGCUGAAACAUAUUCCAUUAUUCAAAAUUCUUGAUGUAGAUCCCCGUUCACCUUCUGUUGGAAUUGAAAGGACUCCUAUUGUGGUGACUAAAACACAAGCAGGGGACACAAGAGCUGAAAAUGUUGAAGAGAUGUCUGAUGAUACAUUGAUUAAAGUUCUACAAAACACUAAUGCUGAACUGAGACAGAAUGGUAUCAAGCCUCAGGAUAGAAAAUCUGAUGGUCUUCUCAUUUAUGAAGAUGAGACCACUGAUAUUAAUGAUACGCCUAAAAAAUCUAAAUCAGCCAGCAGUAGUGGCGGUGUUAGAACACCACUGUCCUGUAUGAAAAAUAAAGACUCAAGUCAUACUCGUUCAAAGUCGGCGAAUACCCUAUUUGAUCCUAAGACACAAACUAUAGUCUCUACAAAAAUACCUACAAGAGUAUCACAUAUUCCUAGACUGAAGUCUUUGUCAAAACAGUCAAAAGUAAUUCCAUCUGGGAGUAGCAUUUCCUUAAAAAGUAUUUCAAAGGCUUCAGCUCUGGCAGGUGAUUGUGAAAAUACACCACCACACUCUCAUCGAGACAGGUGGGAUAAAGAUAACAGCAUUGUGCUAUGAAACUCUGGAAAUCUGAAUUGACUUUCUCUCUUGCACAUUAUUUGUGUUAUUAAUAAAUCGAAUAUUAGUAAGUCAUAUAAUUAUGAAAAUUGUUGGGAUGUCAUUAUUUCCAAUUCCUAUAUUUGCUGGAAUGGUUUGUCAAUGUCAGUUUGAAGACACAAGUCCUUGAUCUACUGAGAUCAUGAUUUGUGACUAACUAACAGUAAUAAAUGUUUCCUAUGACUAUUUUUAUCUUGACAAUAAAAUGUUUAUAAAAA